UCCAGCGAGUGGUGAGUUCGUACAGAUUCUCCUGAAAUGGCGAUGGAGGGAGAUGACUUUGAAGAAGAAGAAGAGUUCGGAUUCUCAAGGAACUACUUUAUUUCAAAGGAAUUGGGCUCUUCUCGUAAAAAAUCUGCUCGUAAACUCUCCGACAUCAAUCUCGUUGAUGAAGAGGAAUUGCGGGAAGCUGCUGCCAACAUUGAGCCUAAACAUGAGAAAGAAAUUGAGGAUUUGAUGAAGUCUUAUAGGAGUUCGUAUUCAGAAUGGAAAUUUGUCUUAAGGUGUGGUUUUGGUCUCCUGAUGCAUGGUUUUGGAUCAAAGAAAGCCUUGAUUGAAGAUUUUGCUUCGAGCACUUUGACAGAGUACUCUGUUGUCGUGAUUAAUGGCUAUCUUCCCUCUAUCAAUCUUAAACAGGUUGUGAUAACCUUAGCUGAGCUUUUAUGGGAUCAACUGAAAACAUUACAAAAGACGACUUCAGGUAGUCAGUCUAAAAAUCAACAACCUUUCAACACCCGAUCAGUGGACAGUCUUCUUGGAUUUCUACAUGAGCCACAUGUUGAUGUAAAUGAUGAGGAGUGCUUUGUUUGCAUUGUUGUUCACAAUAUUGAUGGACCUGGGUUGCGCGAGCCAGAUAAUCAACAGUGUCUUGCAAGAAUUGCAUCUUGUUCACAUGUUCGUAUGGUUGCUUCAAUUGAUAAUAUCAAUGCUCCUCUUUUAUGGGACAAGAAGAUGGUUCAUACACAGUUCAACUGGUACUGGUUACACGUUCCCACCUUUGCACCAUACAAGGUCGAAGGAAUGUUUUUCCCUCUAAUUCUUGCUCAUGGCGGUAGUGCUCAGAGUGUGAAGACAGCUUCACUAGUCCUCCAGAGUUUGACACCGAAUGCUCAAAAUGUAUUUAAAGUUCUCGCAGAGCAUCAGUUGGCCCAUCCUGAUGAUGAAGGAAUGCCAACCAAUAACUUAUACACAAUCUGCCGAGAGCGCUUUCUUGUUAGUAGCCAACUUACCUUGAAUUCACAUUUGACAGAAUUCAAGGACCAUGAGUUGGUUAAGAGCAAGAGGAGAUCUGAUGGCCAAGAUUGCUUGUACAUUCCUCUUGCGAACGACGCAAUUGAAAAACUAAUAGCAGAGAUCAGCCAAUAGGUAUGAUUAGCAUGGGCAGAAAUACUCUGCGGUGAGCAAUUAACUUGCCCUUUGUAAAUUGAUGCAUCACUUGGCCGUAAGAAGAAAAUUCACAUUUUCCCUUUGUAUCAAUUAUCAUCAUCUUAUAAGAUUAUAAUAUUUUGAAUGGGUCUGCAUUUUUGUC